GGAAUAUAUUAGUUGGAUCGUAAAAUGGGGAAUUGUUUAAAAUGCUUUAACACGAAUAAUUCAAGUGACAAUGCUGCAAGCGCUCAACGUAUUCAAAUAUCAGAGAAAAUUAGUCAAGAUAGUCAUUUUGAAACAGAAGAGUUACUUCAGACAACAAAUCUGAAUCACAAAUCAAACCAUUACGAUAGCAACAAUUUAAACAAAAUGUCAUUAGUAAUAAAUGGAAACAGUAGCUUAAUUGAUGACAAGACAACAAUUCAAUCAGUAAAAGAAUCACAACUGACUGACAAUGCAAUAAAUAAAUUAUUUGAAGAAUAUAAAGAUAAAGAUGAGGAUACAAUUUUAUCUGAAGGGAUUGAAAGACUUUGCCAGGAUUUACAAUAUUCUCCUGAUGAAUUUUCAAUCUUAGUAUUAGCUUUUUGUUUGGAUGCAAAACAAAUGUGUAAAUUUUCGAAGCAGGAAUUUAUUUAUGGACUGAAAAACCUCAAUGCAUCUACAGUAAAUGAACUUCGCUUACGCAUAAUUCAUAUCGUCGAAAAACUUCAAGUUGAUGAUGAUCUCUUUAAGCAACUAUAUCGUUUCACAUUUCAUUUUGGAUUAGACGAAGGAGCUAGAAUAUUGAAUCUUGAUAUGGCGAUGAGUUUAUGGAAAUUAGUUUAUUCUGUACAUACUCCUGAUAACAAUCUACUGGAAAGAUGGCUUGGUUUUCUCUCAAAAGAAAACAUUAGAGGAAUUCAAAGAGAUACAUGGCUUAUGUUUCAAAACUUUGCAGAAUGCUUUGAUAUAAAUUCAUAUGAUUCAGAUGAAGCAUGGCCCAGUUUAUUUGAUGAUUUCGUCGAGUAUGAAAUUACAAGACUAAAAGAAAAGGAUCAAAACAAUGACGAUGAAGCUGAACAAUAAUUUUAAAUUUUUAUGAAUUAUAACAAUUUUUGAACUAGACGAAGUUUAAAAAAAAAUUAUGUUUGAUACAAAAACACUAAUUAUGUUGUUCAAUAACUAUAUUGACAUUUUUACUUUUUAAGUACCCA